AUGUUGGCGCUGUUGUUGCUCCUGCUGUGUCUGCUCUUGCACUGGGCUCUGCUCAGGGGAAACUCCACACACACAGACACAGAGCCUCACGUCAUUCUGGACCCUGCUCUCCGUGCUGACCCAGUGAUCCCGGUUGUCCUCUGUGCCGCGGAGGAGAGGCUGGGUGCUGCCAUGGCGACCGUCAACAGUAUUUAUAGCAAUACGGAUGCCGAGGUGUACUUCUACAUUGUCACUCUGCGUGACGCUGUUAGACUCACGCGACAGUACAUUGAGAAAACAAAACUCAAACACAUCAAAUACAAGAUCCUGGAGUUCAACCCCAUGGUGCUGAAAGGGAAAGUGAAGCCUGAAUCAUCCCGACCAGAGCUACUGCACCCGCUAAACUUUGUGCGUUUCUACCUUCCCCUGCUGGACAUCAAGCACAGGAAACUAAUUUACCUGGACGACGAUGUCAUUGUUCAAGGUGACAUCAGAGACUUGUUCAGUGUGCAACUGGAUCAUGGUCACGCCGCAGCCUUCGCCUCGGACUGUGACCUGCCCCAGUCCCACGAGGCAAUGCGCAGUCUCGGCAUGCAGACCACAUAUAUGGGCUUCCUGGACUACAGAAAGCAGCAGGUCAGAGACUUGGGCAUCAGUCCAAGCAAGUGCAGCUUUAACCCCGGAGUGUUUGUGGCAGAUGUGGACGAGUGGAGGAGACAGGCCCUGACCAAAGAGCUGGAGAGGUGGCUGCAGCAGAACUACAGACAUAACAUAUACAGUAGUGCUCUUGUGGGGGGUGUGGCCACUCCUCCCUUGCUCAUCGUCUUCCACGACCGAUUCACCCGACUGGAGCCACAGUGGAACGUCCGGCAUCUGGGGUUCAGCCCAGAUGCCUACUACGCAGAGAGCGAGCUGCAGAAGGCACAGCUGCUGCACUGGAACGGCCCCUUCAAGCCCUGGACGUCCCCCUCAGUGCAUGCUGAGCUGUGGGAGAGGUGGUUCAUCCCAGACCCCUCCGGACACUUCAGAUUAGUUCGGACCGCUGGAGAGGAACAGGAGGAGGAGGAGGGAUGA